UCCUCUCUCAACUUUUGUUACCAUCAGUCAAGCUUCAAGACUCUCUCAAACCUUUCCAUGAUCCUCGUCUUUAUUCUUGUUGUAAAGUUAUUUGAAGUUAUCUGAAAAGUUACGAAUUUCUCAAGAAAGUACAGACAGCAUACACUCUAUCAACAAAAGUCGUGAUAUGGCUGCUGUGUAUCCAGGAAUAGAGUUCAGUUUACAGCAAGUGGAUGGGACAUGGACUCGACAAGUGGGACAGUGUGAGAAGGUGGGCCGGGUUUCAGCUUCAAAAAUCUUUGAGAGAAAGUCAGAACACGGACACACCUGGACAGUGGUCAGCCCUAUUGUGUUCACCUACAGGGUUAUCCAGUGUCACAACCUUCUGGAUGUGGGGAAUGACACCCUAUUAUGGGGUCAUAUAGGGGACCAAGAGGAACUCAAGGCAAUCAGGAGAAACUCCCAGCCUAUAAGGCGCUUUGUUGCCAUUGAUGAGACUGUCAAUCAGCUUUAUGGCUUGCAGAUCACCCAAUACUUUGAGGCCAAAAAAGUUGUUUGCAGAAUACUCUCUCUGCCAACCACGGAGGAGAAUAAAUCUAUGGAACUGGUGACCAAGGUCCUGGAGGAGGUCCACAGGUUUGGGAUUGACAGACGCUCUGAGCCUAUCAUAGCCAUUGGUGGAGGGGUGUGCUUGGACGUGGUUGGUUUAGCAGCGUCUCUGUACCGCAGACGGACGCCCUACAUUCGCAUACCGACCACUCUGCUUGCUUACAUUGACGCCAGUGUAGGGGCAAAAACCGGAGUGAACUUUGCGAAUGGAAAGAACAAGAUUGGUAGUUACAUCCCUCCUAUUGCCACAUUUUUGGAUCGUUCCUUCAUCCAAACAAUUCCACGCCGCCAGAUCUCUAAUGGGAUGGCAGAAAUGUUAAAGAUGGCCCUGAUGAAACAUCACGGUCUGUUUGAGAUCCUGGAGAAGGAGGGUAGAAAGCUGCUGGACUCCAGGUUCCAGUCCUCUGAUAGGACCAGCCUUGACGACCAUGAGGAUGAUGCCUCUGUAUCCACACGUAUUGCCAUAGAAACAAUGCUGGAGGAGCUGGCUCCCAACCUGUGGGAGGAUGACCUGGACAGGCUGGUGGAUUUUGGUCACCUGAUCAGUCCGGAGUUGGAGAUGAAGGUGUUGCCUGCAUUGCUCCAUGGGGAGGCUGUGAACAUUGACAUGUCCCUCAUGGUGUACAUAGCCCACCAGAGGGGGCUGCUGACAGUGGAGGAGAAGGCCAGAAUAACUCAGUGUAUGCUGGGCCUGGAGCUGCCUGUGUGGCACCAGGAAUGUAGUCUGGCCCUGGUGCAGAGGGCUCUGGGGAACCGCCUAAAGCAUUCGGCAGGCUCUAUGAGGAUGCCCCUACCCACAGGGCUGGGGUGUGCAGAAAUCUUCCACACUAUCAGCGAUGAUGUCUUGUGCCAGGCUUUCCAGAGAUGGAGUGAUGAACUUGGUGUAAGACAACAAAACAUAAACACCAAUAGUCCUAGCGAGGAGUUCCAAAGAGAUGACCACACUAGGAGAUGAUAACUAAAAGGUUAAGAUUAGUUUGCAGUGUUAAUGUUAUGUGUACUGGUCUUUUGAAUUAUUACAUAAAGCGAAUC